AUGAAGCUCCAACGUGGAACGACUCCGCGCGCUGUUCAAGUGGAUCCACAUGGAGUCUUCGCGAACAGCGAGUUGGAUCUCAACGAGAUCGAAGUUUACGGCUUUGAUUACGACUACACUCUCGCGGUAUAUACCGUAGAGUUUCAUUAUCUGAUCUACGACUUGGGUCGCGAUUGGCUGAUCAACAAAUUCAAAUACCCCAAGGCGAUCGGUGAAUUGGAAUACCAGCCGGGUUUCGCUAUCCGUGGCCUCCACUAUGAUAUCAAGGAGGGUAUUCUGAUGAAAAUCGAUCUUUUCCAUCAAAUCCAGUUCGAAUCGGUGUACAGAGGCUUGACCCCGAUGAAACGCGAGGACGUAGAGAGAGUUUACAACGGUUGCUACAUCCCUCAGAACAUGAUUCGGCCAGGCGGCGAAAGCAGUCGAACGAAACAAUUGAACGACCUGUUCUCUGUUCCGGAAAUAUGCCUCAUCUCGAACGUGACCGAGUACUUCAUCAAGAACAACGUACCUUUCAAUCCCGAGAUCUUGUUCUACGAUGUACAGAAUGCCGUGGCUUCCAUCCAUCCUAUCAUUCACAACACACUCAACGAUUCGAACAUCGGUACUUAUCUGGAAAAAUACUCCCAGCUCGAAGGUUUUCUGCAAAGACUCAAAGCUAACGGUAAGGGGAUGUUCAUCGUGACGAACAGCCCUUUCAAAUUUCUGGACGUGGGGAUGCGUUACAUGCUGGGCGCUGAUUGGCAACAGUUCUUCGAUGUAGUCAUCGUCCAGGCCCGAAAACCGAAAUUCUUCACCGAACAUCUGCGACCGUUCCGAAUUUACGACAAAGAGACUAAGAGCCAACUCUGGGAGCACGUGACGUCCUUGGAGAAAGGAAAAGUCUACGUCGAAGGAACCGUCGACCAGCUCCAAAAGAUGACCGGCUGGGUCGGGCACUCAGUCCUCUAUUUCGGGGAUCAGAUCUACAACGACCUUGCUGAUCUCACGCUGAACUACGGUUGGAGAACAGGGGCAAUCCUAUGUGAGCUUGCGCACGAAAUUAAGAUAUCCAAUUCCGACGACUAUCGUCAGACGGUAGGCUCGAUGCAAACUCUGCAAUACCUUAUCGAACAGACGCAAGACGAUGACAGUCGCAAAGGCGACGUCGAACAGCUGCUCAUGGAGCGCGAUGCGCUCCGUAAGAAGUCGAAGAGUUUAUUCAACCCGAAUUUCGGAUCCGUGUUCCGGACGCAUCACAAUCCUACUUAUUUCUCGCGACGCUUAUUCCGUUAUUCAGAUAUCUACACGAGUCACGUGACAAACCUCAUGAACUACUCGUUGAGGCAUGUUUACUACCCCAGAAGAGGCUUGCUCCCUCAUGAAUUAUACAUGUCAUCACAGAAUUGA